AUGGUAUUAAAAAAGUGUACUUCCGAUUUCGAUAGAGAAAAGAAAAUUAUAGAUCUAACGGUAGGUGAUAUGAUAGAAUCAUAUUUCAAGAAUGGAUUCAAAGAAUAUUGUGAGAAUAAUAAGUUUUCAGAUGUAAAACUUCGAUGUGGUGAUCAGGUGUAUAAUGUUCAUAGGAUCAUAUUGGCAUACAGUUCAGAGUAUUUCGCGACACUCCUAUCGAGUGAGUUUCGCGAGUCCUCACAACCGGUGAUAGAGCUUCGCCAGCCCGAUCCACACAAUGUGUUCCGCGAGGUAUUGAUGUUUAUGUACGAUGGUCGUGUUCUCAUAUCACCAGACAAUGUGAUACCACUGCUCUCUAUGGCCAAAUACUACAUUAUAUCGGCACUGACAACCCUCUGUCUUCAGUACCUCGAGAGUCAUCUACACCGUGAGAACGUAAUCACCAUUUUGAAAUCAUCCAUCUCCUUUCACUUUGACGACAUAGUAGAUCGUUGUCUCUAUAUAGUUGCCAAGAAUUUUCCAUAUAUAUGUGAAUCCACAAAUAUUAAUAAUAUAAAUAACAAUAACAAUAAUAAUAAUAAUAAUAAUAAUAACAGCAACAGCAAUAAUAAUGGUAGUUAUAAUUGUAAAGAUAAUUAUUUUAAAUUCUUACCACCUCCAAUAUUUUUAAAUCUAUUGAAACAACCUUAUCUCGUAGUAAAGAAUGAAUAUAGUUUAUAUCAAAUAGUAACCAAUUUCAUUAAUUAUCAUAGUAAUAUUUGUAAUAGUAAUAACAAUCAAAAUAAUAGUAAUAAUAAUUUAAAUCUUAGUAAUAGUAGUGUAGACAAUAGUUUUAAUAGUAGUAAUAAUAGUAGUAAUUGUGGUUAUAAUUACAAAUUCGAGCAAAGUGAUAUAGUGGAACUAAUGAGUCAGAUAAGAUAUAUUUGGAUGAGUUACGAUCAACUUUUAGAAAUUUCAUCAAACCCACUAGUACCAAAAGAGAUCUUGAUUGAAACAUUUAUGGAACGACUUAAAAAAUAUGAACCUCACGAUCUUUCAAAUGAACCACCUAUUUCUCAUUCCAGAUUCCUUCCAAGACCACCUCAAUCCAUCCUAUUUGAAUACACUUUUGAUUUCGAUAAUAAAGGUAUCAUCUAUUGGAUUGCAACUAAUGGAUUAAAAGAUAAAUGGAUAAAUCCACACUUAUCAUCAAAGAUAAAGAUUACAUCUUCAAGUGUUGAUAAAGGUAAUCAUUAUGAUAUGGUUGAAUUGUCGCCAUGUGCGUUUUGGACAAAGGAUGUACCGGCUUCAUGGGUAACUAUUGACCUCGGUCCAAACAGAUCUGUCAUUCCAAUGUAUUAUACAAUCAGACAUGGUUUCUUCAAGUCCGACAGCUUGAGGACAUGGGAUUUCCAAGGUUCAGUCCAUGGUGAACAGUGGACUGUCUUGAAACGACACACCAACGACACAUCACUCAAUCUCAAAUAUGCAACACACACUUGGCAAAUUCAAGGUGUAACGACUGCCUACCGUUACUUUAGAAUUUUACAGACAGGGAAGAACUCAAACAACAGAAACUUUUUAUUGUUGGGUGGUUUUGAAAUCUAUGUUCCAAUAAUGAAUAUUAAUACAUCUUCAAAACUUUUGUUAUUAUUAUACAAAGAAAGUAUUUUCGAAUCAUAG